AUGGGCAAGGACACCAAUCCCAUCCUGGCCUGGAUCAGGAAUGGUGUGUCCAGCAGGAGCCAGGGAGCAUGGGUGAACUCUCUCUCUAUGGGAAUGGUCUUCUUCUGCUCUCCCAUAGUCAGCAUAUUCACAGACCUGUUUGGUUGUCGAAAAGUAGCUGUUAUUGGAGCUGCAGUAGGAUUUGUUGGACUCCUUUCAAGUUCUUUUGUAAGCACCAUUGAACCCCUGUAUUUCACCUACGGAGUGUUGUUUGCCUGCGGCUGCUCCUUUGCCUACCAGCCCUCCUUGGUCAUUCUGGGGCACUAUUUCAAGAAGCGCCUUGGCCUGGUGAACGGCAUCGUCACCGCCGGCAGCAGCUUGUUCACUGUGUCUCUGCCCUUCCUCCUGAGGCUCCUCCUCGACUCCCUUGGCCUCUACAACACCCUGCGGGUCCUCUGCAUCCUCAUGUUUGUCCUUUUCCUGGCUGGCUUUACCUACAAACCCCUUGUUUCCAAUGCCAAAGACAAGGAGGGAGGAAAGAAGGCGAAGUUCAGAUUUCCUCCGGAAAAAAAGAUUUGCAAUUUCUCAGUUUUCAGAGUUCCCAGUUACCGAAUCUGGGCUUUUGGGAUCCCAGCUGCACUUUUUGGAUACUUUGUGCCUUAUGUUCACUUGAUGAAUCAUGUGAAAGACAGAUUCGGGGACAACGUGCCAGAAGAAGUGCUGCUGCUGUGCCUGGGUAUUACUUCAGGAGUUGGCAGACUGGUCUUUGGCAGAGUUGCAGAUUAUAUUCCUGGUGCAAAAAAAGUUUAUUUACAGGUGGCCUCAUUCUUCUUUAUUGGCCUGAUGUCCAUGAUGAUCCCCCUGUGCCAUGUCUUCGGAGGUCUCAUUGCUGUCUGUCUCUUCAUGGGCCUGUUUGAUGGCUGCUUCAUUUGCAUUAUGGCUCCUAUUGCCUUUGAGCUUGUUGGGGCUCAGGAUGUCUCCCAGGCCAUAGGAUUUCUACUGGGAUUCAUGUCAGUGCCUAUGACAGUUGGUCCACCCAUUGCAGGCCUCCUGCGGGAUCACCUCGGCACGUACGACGUGGCGUUCUACCUGGCUGGAGUCCCUCCUCUUAUUGGUGGUGCUAUCUUGUGUUUCAUCCCCUGGGUCCAUGAGCGACAGAAGCUAAAAGCAAGAGCCAAGCCCGUUGAUGGAGAAACUACUGAGAAAAUGCUGGAAAACGAGAACACUUUGGUGUCAGACACUACACAAAAGCCAAUCAAAGAAACAGAGUCUGGGGUUUGA